CCAAACUCCUCUCCGGGUGUAAUUUUGGCGGGAAAAGUCCAUAUUUGGCAAGAUCUUGGCAAGUUUGGAGGAAGCGACUAGACUGGCGGUCGAGGUCAAGUAUCGCCAACAGGAAGACGAAGAGCAAGGAGUCAUCAUGACAGAAGAGACCAUACUCAGCAAGAUUUCAGGCGACUUUCUGGAGUGCACCAUCUGCCUGGAGCCGUUUAAGGGUCCGAAGGUCCUUCCGUGUCUCCACACCUUCUGUGAGGUUUGUCUGGAGAAGUUUGUCGCACAGCAAGAUGCAGUGAAGGACAAGUUUCCAUGUCCAACUUGUCGGACGGACACCUUACUUCCCAAAGGUGGAGUUGCAGGGCUCAAAAACAACUUCUUCGUCCAGAGCUUGAGUGACACAGUUAAGACUCACCAGAGUUUAGUUGGCAAGGAAGAUGAUAAAGUACAAUGUAAUGUCUGUGAAGAAGAAGUGGCUAGCCAUGGCUGUGUCCCUUGUGAAGAGUUCUUGUGUGAUGAGUGUGCCUGUGCCCACCACCGUGCCAAACGUACACGCAGCCAUGAAGUCAUCGGCGCAGCGGAGCUGAAAGAGCAGCUCAUUGCCAAGACAGGAUUGCUCAAGUCGAGAUCAUUGCCCAUGUGUCCAAAACAUCAGGAUGAGAAGCUGAAGUUCUACUGUAAGGCGUGCCAGCACCCCGUCUGUCGAGAUUGCAUGGCACUACAGCACAAGGACCACAGCUACGGCUACCUGGCAGAUGAUGCGGCUGACAUCCGGACGACGAUAAAAGGCAAACUGGCAGCUGUCAAGCCGAAAAUAGCAGAAUAUCAAGACAAGGCAAGCGCUGUAGCCAAGAAGAAAGCUGAAGUGGACAAUAGAAGUAAGAAAGCUGAAGACGACAUUGAUGCAGCUGCAAAUGAGGAGAUUGAGUAUUUGACUGGCCUUGUGAGACAGAAGCAGACUGAACUGAAGGAAAAGCUAGCCUCCAUCACAGCAGCCCGCUCCAAGCAGCUCUCUGCUUCUGAAGACAGCGUUGAGAGCACCUUGGGAUGUCUGUCCAGCACAGUGGACUUUGCACAGAAGGUUGCAGAACAUGGCAGCGACUUUGACGUCAUGAACGUGCACGCUGAUGUCGCAGCAAGGCUGGACUCACUCCUGAAAGCUCCAACCCCGGUCAUUCCUGACAGCAUCAGUUAUGUCUUAUUUGAUCCCAAGACAGAAAGGAACAGAAAAAGAGUUGUCCUUGGCAACAUCGUCGAUAAAGAAAUGCUGACGGAGAAGACAGAGGAAGAGGAUGAGUCACGGCCUGAGGCGACCUUUCGUUUCACCGUGGAGAACUUCAGCAAGCUUGAGAAGGAGAAGCUCAGUCCUGCUGUCUUCAUCCGCAACUUACCGUGGAGAAUAUGUGUUAAGCCUUGGUCUGAUUCCAGCAAAAAGAGCCUUGCUGUCUUCCUGAAGUGCGAUGCUGACUCCAAAAGCUUGUGGUCCUGCCGUGCAUCGGGCGAGCUGCGGUUGAUAUCUCAGAAGAAUGGUGUUCAAACGUUCACAGAGAACGUUGAUCAGGUUUUCUACAACAAGGGCAAAAGCUGGGGGCACAGGCAAUUCAUCCCGUGGCAUGAAGUAUGUGAUCCGCAGAAGGGAUACAUAAAGGAUGACAAGAUUGUGCUGGAGGCUUACGUAAAGGCAGGCGUUCCUUGUGGGGAAAAGGAAAUUGUUCUUGACAAAUUGGACUUGUCUGAUACAGGUGAAGAUUUGAAGGAAGAGGAGGUGGCAGAAGAAGAAGAGUCACAAUCCGAGGCAACCUUUCGUUUCACAGUGGAGAAUUUCAGCAAGGUUGAGGGGAAGAAGAUCAGUCAGACAGUCUUCAUUCGCAACCUGCCGUGGAAGAUAUUUGCCAAGCCUCACUACAUCCCCAACACCAACAAUAAGACACUUGGCGUCUUCCUGCAGUGUGAUGCUAGCUCCAACAGCCUUUGGUCCUGUCACGCAACAGCUGAGCUACGGCUGAUACCACAGAAGAAAGUGGUACAGACGCUUAGAAAGAAGUUAGAACGCGUCUUCUACAGCAAUGCGAAUAACCGGGGGUUCCCUGAAUUCGCAAUGUGGGAAAAGGUGUGUGACCCGUGGAUGGGAUACAUCAAGAAUGACAAGAUUGUGCUGGAGGCUUGGGUGAAGGUAGAUGCUCCUCGUGGUAUCAAGGAGAUCACUCUUGGCAACAUAUUUGAGGAAGGAAUGCAGGAGGAGCUGGAGGGAGAAGACAAGUCACGAUCUGAGGCAACAUUCCGUUUCAUGGUGGAGAACGUCAGCAAGGUCAAGGAAAGGCAGUACAGUCAUCCGUGCUUCAUCCGCAACUUGCCGUGGAAAAUGUAUGUGGCACGUCGCGACAUCCCAGAUGCCCAGCUGCCAAACAACACGAGCCUUGCUGUUUUCCUGCAGUGUGAUGCCGAAUCCAACAGCACGUGGACAUGUUUGGCCUCAGCCGAGCUGCGACUCAUACCGCAGAAGAAAGGUGUAGGAAUGUUUAAGAUGAAGUUGCGAAAGCACGUCUUCCACGAGGGAGAAAGCUGGGGGUUCCGAGAAUUCAUGCCAUGGCAUGACGUGUGUGAUCCAAAUAAGGGAUACAUCAAGGAUGACAAGAUCGUGCUGGAGGCUUACGUGAAGGCAGACACUCCUCGCAUUGUAGCCUGAGACUCAAAGAAUUAAGCUAACCAUUGUGAUAGCAGUCUAUCCACAGCACCCUCUGUGUGUAAGACUGGACAAACAUUCCUGACUAUAAGCUGUUUCACAGUUUAAACUGUGCAUGCACAGUGUGAUAUAGUGUGGGUAAUACAUCCAAGUUGAUGGUCCAUAAGACAUAAAGCACAUCUAAACAUAUAUUAAGCAUGGUCUAGAGGAGAACUGUUUACCAACUAGGUGCCUUCACCUUUGACCUUAUUCAUUUGCAGUUCAAAUUGUGAGCUGGCUUAAAACUUUGGAAGUGGAUAUGACCAUUUCCAGGAGAUGAGGGAUCAGCAGUUUUUGCUGAAAAGUAGAUUUAUGUAUUUUGUUGAUUUUUAGUAAAAAGAAACAAAGCAUAAACAUAUACUUUCAAAAGAAAUAGAAAGUAUCUAACUAAACAAUUAUCAGGAUCUCGAUAUUUAGGAGCUGUUUUUAAAUGCUUAUGUGAAGGUAAUGCAGAAUGGUAUGUUGUUUUUGCAUAUAACUUCUUUAAACAUUCCCAAAUUCUACAAAUACACUAGCAGCUGUUUUCCUUCAGUUUUUACAAAAGUGUUUCGAACAAACAUACUCUUACAGUUUGCCUUAUGUGGCUGGAGAAGAUCUCUACUAUUCAAGUAUCCUGUCCUUUAUUAGCAUAUAUUAACUUAUUGUCUUCAAUAACAUUGUUACUGAGUCUUUAUGAUGGAUGUUAUUACUGCUAUCUGUAAAACAUUGUUGACCUUUAGGAGAAAUCUAUUCAGGUGAAUAGAGUUUUGUUACUUUGGAGUAGUUGUCAGUUGCGCUAGAUUUUGGUAUUGUUUUCUAGUACUGAAAUGCAACUUGCUAAAAAUGAAGGAAGCACUACAGUUGCCCAAAUGACUGACGUAGAUUUAGGACAGUUAACUUUAUUGUGUAACAGACUAACACUUAUUCUUAUGUUCUCGCAUUUCUCUAACAUUUGUAUUGUUGGUAUUUAAGAGCCAUGUAAGAGCGUACUUUCUUCCAAAGUUGUGUAUAACCUCAUCAUCAGUUACUCAAGUUGCAAACAAGUUCAGUCAGCAGAUUGGCCAGUGAAAAGAUGCUUCACAAGUGAGUGCCAUUCAUAGUAGUUUAUUCAAAGCACAUCACGCCUUUUAUUACAAUAACAUUGUAUAGAAAAAAAGCAGUCUUUGGCGAUAUCAAGGAAUGUAACACUAUAUACAAGACAACAUGAAAUGUAU